AUGAAUGCCCAAGAAACUGCCGAUGAACGGCUUAAUUUGACAGAUUUGGCCGAAUCGCGCCGAGGUUGGUUUCACAGGCGUCCCGAGGCCGGUGAUCUACCCGACGCAGAGCUACAGACCGCGCCGUGGUUCGACGGCGUAGUCCAUGCUGAGGCCACACCGACAUCGAGCACUCGGGAGCUUUUUCUUUACCCGCUGGCUUUUCUCCUCUUCAUCACUCUUUUGGUGGUGCUGGCCAUGCUUUUCGCCACGAAGUCUACACCCAACACUGCAAGGAAGAACAUAGAUCGAAAAGAUCUCAUCUGCACUUCCGAAAACUGCUACCAAGACGCCGAAUAUCUAAGCGGACUUCUUUCUUGGGACGUCGACGACCCCUGCGACAGUUUCCAACCAUUUGUCUGUCGCCGCUGGUCAAGCCUGCUUAAGGACUCACCACUAACAGAGUCAAUAUCGUCAGACGACGUCUACGUAUCCAACGUUGAGCGGUGGGCUCAGGCCAUCUACCACAAGCGACCUCGGCAUUUCAGAAUCUCGGCGCCGCUCAGGAACCUCAUAGACAAGUGCCUCAACACCGAACAGAUCGAAAAUAAUGGCUGGAGUCUCCUCCUCGAGUUCAUGUUCAACACGUCACUCGAAGGCUUCCCUUUGACGCCUCCUGUUCGUGGAAAAUUGAACAUCUGGGCAACAGCUGCCUCGUUACUUCGUAAGACUGGAACUGCGGCACUCCUUAGCGCAAGCGUCGCGAGCCACCCGUUUAUUGAAUCCCGAAACGUUCCUUUAGUGACGCCUCCUGGAACUUUGAGUGCCAGCGGCGUUGACAUCGAAGAGGCCAUACGGAUGUACACGGCAGCUGUCUUGUCGGCGGUCAAAGGCUUGAAUAAGGACUUCGUUCCACCAGCGCAUACGAUGAAAACGGUGGAGUUUGCCAAAGCUCUCGAAAUCAUCAACGAAUCGAAGCGCCCAGAUACAUACCCGGAGGUCGUUUUUGUCGAACCACGGGCAGAGCUAGUGGAAUUUUUGAGCGAAGUGAUUAGCGGUGUUCCUUCCAUACCGUUCAUGAAGAACCAGGCUAACAUUUGGAUUCAAGCGCCGGAUGUAGUAACGCAGAUAAUGGAGCUCGUACGGAACGCCGAGUCAUACGUUGUCCUCAACUACCUCUGUGUACGUCUCAUGAUUCAAAUGGCCCCUUUCAUUCCGCCCUCUAAGGCACUCGCUGAUUUUUACAGCACGCUGACAUAUGGCAAGGUGAGGACCGACGUCCCACGCUCGCACAUAUGCCUUCGCGCCGCGGAGAGAGCAGCAUUCCCACUCUUUUACACGUCAUUGCUCUCUAUACUCGGCCUCCAUCAGGACUCAGUCCUUCUCCGCUUCGCGAGCCUCGUCAAGGACAUCAGCAAGGAGUUUUUGAACAGCGUUGCAAGUUCCUCACUUUUUGACAAAUACACGCGCGCUAUAAUCAAGCGGAUCGUUUCAGACAUCAAUUUCCAAGUCCUGGCACCUGCGUGGCUGAAAGACGGUAUUAUGUCGAUGAAGUACUUCAGUCCCGUGUCGAACGCAACGGCCUUCGAAAAUUACGUUGAACUUCACGAGCGGACGUUUGUGGAAACCUUGGCGCUCGGUUCUUCCGGGCGCUGGACUCACUCGGCGUUCAGCACGACCUGCUGGUAUGAGCGCAAUCCCAGCACCAUCUACGUGCCGGCGCUUGCGUUCAACAUUACGCUGCCUCUGAACGAUCAACCCCUGCACCUGUGUCGAGCAGCGGUUCGAGUGGUAAACUGCAUCUUCGAUGCCCUCCUGGCUGAAACAAACUCGACCUCAUUGGAACGCUGGUUAACCAAAGGAACUGCAGCUAAGUUGCACAACGUCGUCAUUUGCUAUGGUCUUGAUAAGUUGCACUCGCCCCUGAGGUCACUUCGUGACGCACUUACGACUGAGUUCGCCUUUCGUCACUUCGAGAAGAGCGUCAAGAACUCGCCGAAUUCCCUACAUCUGCGUCUUGUACAAGGCAAGGUUCUGACAAGUGCCCAGUUAUUCUUUGUCCAUUUGAUGCUUCAACGUUGUGAAAAGAAGGGCGGUCUCGACACCCUGGCACUGGGCUCGGCGCACGACCUCAAUGUCGUGCUUUCCAGAGAUGCGAACUUCGCUGCGGCCUUCAACUGCUCCCAAGGAUCGCCGAUGAAUCCAGGGAAGCAAUGUUAG